AUGCCCCUGGUGGGGACCCCAGGGCGAGCUGUCUGCUUCAGGUGGCACAGUGAGAGAUCACUGGUGAAAAGUGUCACACGGAGGCCCAGGUUCCAGGACGUGGAGACAGGGACGGAGGUGUUGGGGUUCAGCGAUGGCCAGUCAGAGACCCCACCCCAUGUCUCCUGCCCCCCCAAGGUCCCCCGAACUGAAGCAUCCACCUACAGUGCCUCCCACCAUGUGGCCUACUUCGAGGCUUCGGCCAAACUGCGUCUCAACGUGGACGAGGCCUUUGAGCAGUUGGUUCGGGCCGUCCGGAAGUUUCAGGAACAAGAGCUGCCACCCAGCCCCCCCAGCGCCCCCAGGAAGAAGGACGGGGGCUGCCCCUGCGUCCUCCUGUAGCCUGAGAGAGAAGCAACCAGCACAAGCCCUCGGGACCAGCCGCCCUGGUGCCUCGCGGUGUGACCUGAGGCCCUCGCUGAGCCGCACCUUCCUCCCCUGGGUCUCCCAGGACACACUACACCCCACACCCUCACUUCCUGGCCUCUGCCAGGCCAUCGCCACCGUGUGCCUUCUGCCAACGCCUUCUUUCCCCACCCAUGCCCCUGGUGGGGGUGAGGGGCUCCCAGGUCACUGCUGUAUAUAACUCCCCACCCACCCCCCCGCCCAGAAAAAUAAACGCCACUGCCAACAAGA